GGUGGGGAGAGUGUGAGGUGAGUUUAGAACAGGAAGACACGGCACGCGACGGACUGACCAGACUGAGAUGAGGUUUACAAGCACCUGCUGAAAGAAAAGUUUGAGAUCAAGAAAGAAAUUAGAAAUGUGAAGGAAUUGUUAUGAAUUGUGUGAAAUUGGGUUAUUUACAUUUGUUAAGUCUUCUUGUACCUCAGUGAUUGUUGUUAUGAACUGGAAUAACAAUACAUGUAUUGUAUUUAAACUUUUGGUUGUUUUUCUCAGCAGAAGACACUGAUAAUAGUACUGUACUGUUAAACAAUGUAUAAUUAGGCUGAUCAGGAUUAGGCCAACGUUAUUCUUUAAUCUGUAUACAAGCAGAACACGAACCGCAAACAAUGGACGACGAAAUCUAGAAAAAAACUCACAUGAUAUUUAAGCUGAGUUAAGUUAUGGAAAACAUUUUAUCUAUGGUGGAAAACCGGUCAAACUACAAGUACCCAGCUGCCGAUUUCUUUUGUGUUUGUUUGUGAGAAUGUUUUUAUGACAAAUGUUUUUUGAGUUUAUUGGUGACAGAUUUGGUAUCGCUAAGAUGGCAACCACACUGACGUCAUGUCAAACUAAAAUGCUGUUAAAAACUACCUGUAAAGAACCGGUUGGAGAAGCUGAGAAAAAGAACCAUUAUCAUCAUUCUCGUACGCCGUCUGCUAGCCUGGGAAUCUGUGGACCAAUUUACGACAUCGACCAAGUUCCUGAACAUUUUCACGAAUUAUACAUUCUACACGGUUAUCGACACCCAAAGAGUUCCUUUAAACAGUGUAUUCUAAGUUUAUUUGAUGCCACGAAUGAAACCCUCAAUUGCUGGACGCAUUUCUUGCCGUCGUUGUACUUCUUCUGGGUAUUUCUACAAUUAUCCAAAACUUAUGAUUUUCAGAAUGAUAGUUAUACGUGGCCUUUGUUGGUUUAUAUGAUCGUGUGUUGUUUAUUCCCGUUGACCAGCGCCGUCGCUCAUACUUUCAACACCAUGUCAGAACGAGCUAGACAUAUAUGUUUCUUCCUCGACUAUUCUGCUCUUAGUCUCCUGAGUCUGGCCGUCGCUAUCGCGUACCGAGCCUACGCCUUCCCAGAAUCUCUUAGGAAUACUUGGUUUGGUGAUGUUUUUAUAUAUGGUGCCGUUAUUAAUUCCUUAAUAUGUGUUACUGUAUCGUGUGAAACAAGAUUUUUGAAAAUUAGUUUGCUGAGAAAAUUUUUGCGGCUGUGCUCUUUCGCGUUACCGUUCUUUUAUGACAGUUCACCGAUUGCUUACCGAUUGUUUUUUGGAAGCGAGACAGAAUGUACCUUGUCUUCCCAGUAUCUGUUAGCCCGUCAAUUUCUGUUCGCAUUUCUAUCUGCAUUUUUAUAUACAACGCAUCUUCCAGAACGUCUGUUUCCGGGACAGUUCGACAUCAUUGGCCACAGUCAUCAACUGUUUCACGUGUUUUCGAUACUGGCCACUCUCGACCAAUUAAAAGCUCUGUUACAGGACAUGAGAGAACGGAGUAACGACUUAAAACCCAUGUGGGAAUUUCACUCGUUUGGAGACACGAUCGGUAUAUUUUUGUUAGUUGUAAUAAUUAAUACUCUGAUUAUAUUUAUAUUUUCUAUACGACGUUUACCACCGGCCAAAAAGCAUGACUGUUGAUUUUUAUUAAGAAAAUAUUUAUUUUGAUAUUGUUAUACACAAAUAUACAAGGGGGGUGGGGUAGGGGGAAGACCAACAUUAUGACCAUCGACAAUUCAGCCAAUGUGGUUGAAAUGUUGUAUAGGGGGUACAUGCAGUAAUUUAUUGAAUAGAAAGCCAUGCUUAAAAAC